AUAAAAGUGGCAUGGGCAUAUCUACGACGAUAUAAGACGUUUCCUCGUUCUAAAAGGACGUUUCUCUAAAGUCAUCGUCGCGGUCGCAUUUUGUUACUCAUCCCGGCAUCAUCUCCUUAAGAAUUCGAAUAUGAUAUUAAGGGGGUUUUUGGUCAUCUCCAUAUUCAGCCAGCUAUGGGCGUUCUGCCUAGCGGGCUUCCAAAAUAGUUUCAAUAAUGUUACUCGGGGAUCCGACUUAUUGCUGCAGUGGAAUUCAACUAAUGCGACCGACUAUCCUCUUGUUAUCCGCUCUAGGCUUAUCAACCAGACGAGUGAAUACGGCGCAAACUCGUUGGAAGUAAACAUCACGAUUGGGCUUAAUGCUUCUUCCUUCCUAUGGAAAACCGUACCAUACCCGCUACCAUAUCUCGAAACAUCUAAGUAUGAGGUAGAAGUGUUGUCUCAGAAUUGGGUAGAAUCGGAGACGUCAGUAUCAGCUUUUGCAUUCUCGCCAUAUUUCACAAUCGCCGAGUCAGAAGAAGAUACGAACGAAAUUGAUCCAGACGAUCCCUUCAAUAAACCAAUAAUAAUACCGUCUAAACCGACCAACCAGCCAGCUGCCAGUAAUGGAGUUAACAACAACACAGCAAUCGCCGCCGGACUAGUUGUCCCUGUAGUUGUCAUACUCGCCGUGUUUGGCUUUGUGUGGAUGCAACAGCGGCAGAAGAGGAUCCUCGAGGAGAAGAGAAAACAUAGGGAGGAAUUAUAUAUCGAUUGAAUAUAAGCUACCCUAAAGGGGUUGCCUAUCGCUUUCCGUAUAACACAAAAUAGGCACCAAGGAACGCCACUAUCUUAACAGACUAAAGACAAAUACUCGCGCCGAUUAGGACGAAGGAUGGGAUACUGGUUGGUUGGAUGGAUGCCCUACAAAGCAGGAUAUUGCUCAGACAGCAUAGGCGGUACAUUGGAACGUAUACAUACGCCUUAUCAUUAAGCGAUACGGGAGGGACGGGGGUGCAGGGCGGUUAAAUGUUUGGCGCUACCUAAGUUCACGCUGAAGACUACCUAAUACUUAGGAACCUAGGUAGUCGUGCCGUCGACGUAAGUAA